UAAUUCCUUGUCCCAUCAACUAAACAACCCGUGAGAUUAUAUAUAGAUGGAAGGGAGAAGUAACGAAUAGGUCUUCAAACCUAUCUGAUCUACGAGAGUUUUGUCAAUUAAAAUUCAUCAAUAUCAAUGGCAUCCAAUGGAGUGAAAAUUCCCAUAAUAGAUCUCUCAAGUCCAGAGCUAAAACAAGGUACUAAACAAUGGGAAUCCACAAAAAUUCAAGUUCUUGAAGCCUUACAAGAAUAUGGCUGCUUUGAAGCAAUAUAUGACAAAGUUCCAAGUGAAAUUAGAGAGGCCAUGUUUGGUACUUCAAAAGAAAUAUUUGAAUUUCCCUUAGAGACCAAAUUGAAAAAUUUCUCGGAGAAACCCUUCGAUGGCUACAAAGGGCAGGUUCCAUUCCUACCAUUGUAUGAGAGUUUAUCCAUUUCUGAUUUGCCUAAACCUCAAGGUGUUGAAACUUUUGCUAAUAUCUUCUGGCCUGAGAAUGGAAAUCUUGACUUUUGCAAUCUGGUAAGGUCAUACACAAAGCUACUUAUGGAAUUGGAUGAAAUGGUGAAAAAGAUGAUUUUGGAAUCUUUGGGGAUGAUAAAUUACAUUGAUGAAUUCUUGGAUCCCAACUCUAGUUUUUAUUUUCGGUUUACACGUUACAAGGCACCUAAAAGUGAUGAAGAUAGGAAUAAACUUGGAUUGAUUGGUCACACAGAUGGUAACUUCAUGACUAUAAUAUCACAAAAUCAAGUAAAUGGAUUGCAAAUUCUCAAGAAAAACGGAGAGUGGAUUGACGCCAAUGUUUCACCAAAUUCUUAUGUUGUGUUGUCUGGUGAUUCCUUCAUGGCAUGGACAAAUGGCAGAUUGUAUUCUCCUGUUCAUAGGGUAACAAUGGCUGGAGAAAGUGACAGAUUCUCCAUUCAAUUGUUUUCAUUACCAAAACCAGGUUACAAUAUUGAGGCACCAAAAGAACUUGUGGAUGAAGAACACCCUUUACUCUUCAAGCCCUUUGAAAUUCAGGGAUUAUUUGAGUAUGUUACUUCAGCAGUUGGUUAUAAAGCUGAUGCUGGUGCUUUCAAAGCUUAUUGUGGUGUUUGAAUUGUUGCAAUUUCUUUUAAGUUUCAACUUUCUAUAUGUCGU